GGCCUCGGGGUCACGUGGGACGGAGGCGGCCUCCAAGAUGGCCUGAGGGGGCCCGAGGCGGGUCGUUCCGCCAUGACGGGGCCCCCCGGAGGCGGCGGGGCGGCGGUGCUGGCCGAGGCGGCCGUGGUGUUCGGCGUGGUGCUGUGCGUCCACGCCGCGGUGUGGGACCGCUACUCGUGGUGCGCCGUGGCGCUGGCGGUGCAGGCCUUCUACGUGCAGUACAAGUGGGACCGGCUGCUGCGGGCCGGGAGCGCCGUCUUCCAGUUCCGCACGACGGCCAACAGCGGCCUGCUGCCCGCCUCCAUGGUCAUGCCCCUGCUGGGGGUGGCGAUGAAGGAGCGGUGCCGGCUGGAGGGCCACGAGCACCUGGAGCGACUGGGCGUCGUGGUGGCGGCCACGGGCAUGGCGGUGGCCCUCUUCCUCUCCGUCCUGGCCCUGGGCAUCUCCCGCCCGGUCCCCGCCAACACGUGCGUCGUGGCCGCCUCGGCCGGCGGCGUCAUCGUCUACGUCCUCAAGCGCUCCCUGGCCGUGGCCGAGGUCAUCGAGGUCCUGGAGGUGCUGCUCAUCUUCGUCUACCUCAACAUGAUCCUGCUCUACCUGCUGCCCCGCUGCUUCACCCCCGGCGAGGCCCUGCUGGUCCUCGGGGCCGUCAGCUUCGUCCUCGACCAGCUCGUCAGACGCUCGCUCGCCGUCCCCCGAGGGGACCCCGUCGACUUCUUCCUCCUGGUGUCCGUGGCGGGGCUGGUCCUCCUGGGCGUGGUCCUCAGCGCCCUCUUCGUCUUCGUGGACUCCGCCACCUGGACCGCCUCCCUCUUCUUUCACCUGACGACGGGCGCCCUGGUCUUGGGCGUCGUCCUGCCGUGGCUCGGCCACCUGCUGCGCCGCAACCCGCUGCUCUGGCUGGUCGAGUUCCUGCUCCGGACGCCGACGCGGAUCCGCCUCCUGGCCUACUGGGCGCUGCUGGCCGCCGCGGCCUGCGGCCUGGUGUGGCUGCAGAACUCCAAGAGGUCGUCGGCCGAGUCCAAGAAGUACCGGGCCUCCACCGUCACCCGCAAAUACUUCCACUGCCUCGUGGUGGCCACCUACGUCCCGGGCCUCGUCCUCGACCGGCCGCUGCUCUACGUCGCGGCCGUGCUCUGCCUGGCCGCCCUCGUCUUCCUGGAGUACGUGCGCUUCUUCCGCAUCAAGCCCCUGGGCCAGACCCUGCGGAGCCUGCUCUCCCUCUUCCUGGACGAGCGAGACAGCGGCCCCCUCAUCCUGACUCACAUUUACCUGCUGCUGGGACUGUCCUUCCCCGUGUGGCUCUUCCCCAGGCCCUGCCGCCUGGUCGGGGCCGCGGCCCUGGUCCCGUAUUCCGGCGUCCUGGCCGUGGGGGUGGGCGACACCGUCGCCUCCGUCUUCGGGAGUACCGUGGGGGAGAUCCGCUGGCCGGGGACCAAGAAGACCUUCGAGGGGACGAUGACGUCCAUCUUCGCGCAGAUCAUCGCCGUGGCUCUGAUCCUCAUCUUUGACAGCGGGGUGGAGCUCGACUCCGGCUACGCCUGGAUUCUGGGCUCCAUCGCUGGGGUCUCCUUGCUGGAAGCCUACACCUCCCAGAUCGACAAUCUCCUCUUACCUCUCUACCUCCAGAUACUGCUGAUGGUUUAGGUGACCGGCGGGGACGGGAGGGAGGGGAAACAGAGAGGGAACAGAUGGACCGUUCACGGCCAUGAGCCGUUUGCAUUCCCUCAGCAGCCUUGUGGCAGAAGGCGAAAAUAGCUCUAGCACUACAUUGAAUUUAAAUUAAAAAAAAAAAAAGGAUUUAAAGCUU